UUUAUUUGGUUUCAUUACAGAAGCCAUAAUUUGGCGAAAUUUAGUUUCCGGCGUUUACCAUUUCGGACUUGUCUUCAUCAAAUAAACAUUACAUUGAUGGCAAGAUGAAUGGCGUGAAACCAAUCAAGAAGGAACCGAUAGAGGAACCACAUACGGAAGGCAUGAUCAAUGAAUAUCAUACAAUCAUCAUAAAGGAAGAAAACCUUGAAGAAAAUGGAUGGGGUGAUGGUUUGGCAGUCUACCAAACAGAAUCAAUAAAUGCAGGUAGCCAGAAAACCACAAAUAAGGUAUCUUCAGGACUGGUGAAGACGGAGGUUCAGUCGGAAUCCGAGGUUGAGUCCAAACCUCUUCAACUUAUUGGUGAAGCGUCUCUGAGCUGCACUGAUGGCACACCAACCCCUAACAAUGGUGAGGACACAGACAGUAUUAAGAUAGGAGAGUCUUGCCACCAGUGUUGCAUAUGCAACGUUGCUUUCAACUUCAAAGACCAACUGCAGGAGCAUGUGAAAACACACGGGAAAGACUUAAAGUAUGCGUGCCAUGUUUGUAACGAGGGAUUCGCCCAUGGCGGUCUGCUGCGGGAGCACAUGAAUAGCCACCCAGGAGAAAAGCCAUUCAAGUGCUCCGUAUGCAACAAGGGAUACUUCAAGAGGAGCACGCUGGCUGUUCACGUUGCGACGCACAUCGGAGCACAAUCCUUCAAGUGCUCGGUGUGCGAUGAGCUUUUUUCCGAGAGUGAGCUUCUGAAGGACCACAUGACGACCCACAACAAGAAGCUACGCUACACAUGCUCCAUCUGCGGUAAGGGAUUCCACCGUACCAGAAACCUUGAUGACCACAUAAGAACCCAUACGGGGGAAAAGCCUUUUAAAUGUCCAGUCUGUCCAAAGAGCUUCUCACAGCGGAGUGGGGUUAGGAAGCAUAUGACAGUCCACAGCGGGGAGAAACCGCAUCAAUGCAAAGUCUGCAAGAGGUGCUUUGCACGGUCAGAAGGCCUUGUGGUUCACAUGAGGACCCAUACCAAAGAACAACCUUACCAGUGCACAGUAUGCAACAAACGAUUCUCUCACGGCAGUAGUCUUUCAGAACACAUGGGUACGCACAUCGGCGAUGCUCCGUUGCAUUGCUCUGUUUGUAACAAGGGAUUUUAUUACAACAGUGGGUUGGUGUCCCACAUGCGGAUCCACACGGGAAAGAAACCCUAUGCGUGCCAAGACUGCGACAAGGUCUUCCCUCGGUUGAGUAGCCUGAGGAGCCAUAGAAGAACCCACAGCGGGGAGAAACCAUACAUUUGCACUAUCUGCAAGAAGGGGUUUGGCCAGAGCAGCGGCCUCGCCACUCACAUGCGUGUCCAUACUGGCGAAAAGCCCUACAAAUGCACUAUCUGCGACAAGAAGUACGCCCAGAGCGGACUCCUGACGAUACACAUGCGUAUCCAUACUGGAGAGAAUCCCUACAAAUGCACCUACUGCAAGAAGGCGUUCACGGCGAAGAAGACGCUGACAAAGCACCUGCGAACACAUACGGGAGAAAAACCCUUCAAAUGUGAUGUCUGCAAAAAGGAGUUUUCUCGCUGGGAUGGCCUCUCGAACCAUAAAAAGAUCCACACAGGGGAGAAGAAGCACAAGUGUACCAUCUGCAGCAAGCGCUUCACGCAGAACACAGGACUCAUCACACACAUGCGGACUCACACGGGUGAUCGACCUUACAAGUGCUCUGUGUGUGAUAACAGGUUUGCACAGAGCGGGACGUUGGUGGUUCACAUGCGAACUCAUACUGGGGAGAAGCCGUAUGAGUGUGCUCUAUGUGGCAAGAAAUUUCCCCAGAGUGGUCAUUUGACGUUGCACAUGGCAACCCAUACGCUAGAUGAUCCUUGAUAGAGAACAAGACAACAUUUGACCCUCAGGGAAAAAGAUCACAUUCAUAUCUGUUUGGUUUAUAUUUAUGUCCAAUAACACAGUCUGCUUGUGGGGAUGUUUAACAAAGAUAAUCUGCGAUUAUAAAGAUCUGUAUUUAGAUCGUCAGUUGAAUGUGGAAUAUUUAACGCAUCACCGCAUUAAUCAGAGUCAUGAUUAAUCCUCAAAGCAUGUGAAUUAAAACAGAAAAUCAAAGAUAUUCCUUAUUAGAUAUCAUGUGUGGGUUUGCACUUUAAUGUAAGCAUAUCUUUAUUGAAUUGCACUUACAUGUAUGUAACUCUUUUGUUGUGGAACCCCCAUAGUCUCAUGUAUCAAAGGUCAAGAAAACCGUUCUACUUAUCAUUCCAAAUUUCUUUUCAUUUGAUGAAGGAUGUUAUCACUAUAUAUGCCCGGUCAUUUAUUUAAUACUGGGGAGCGUUUCAUCAAAUUUUUCAUCCGACAAGUUGUCGUAUCUGACAACUCAUUGAAUUUGAUUGGCUGAGAAGUAUGGUUACUAUGGUAACUCGGAUAAAAGGGGACUUGUCAGAUAAAACAAUGACAAGUCCUUACCUGAAACGCUCCCGUUUUCAAUCAAGUGAUUACAAGUUUGGUGCUGAAAGCUGGGGUUGGGGUCAAACAACACCAGCUACACAACUAAACAUGCAGUGAGGUUAAUGUUUGGAGGGAUGUCACCUGGCUUUGAGCUAUCAAUUGCAUGAAUGGUAUCAUUAAUUUCAAGCAUGGUGUUUUCUUUUUAUAAAUCUGAUGUUGGUGUAAAGGCAACACCAGCCACAACACUAAAAGUAAAGUUGGUCACUGUUGGUGUUGGGAGGGAUGUCACCUGGUGUUGGGUUAUUACUUAUAAGAAUGGUCUAUAAAUCUGGUUAUACAGCGUGUCUCUAAAAAAAGUAAACCCAACUUCAAUGGCAAAUUUUCAGAAAACUAAAAAAUAUUUACACAUUAUUUUUUCACGGUUAGAUAGUCCAAUAAGUCCUCUGUCCAAUUAUAUCACUAAGGUUAUCUAACUCUUAUGCAUGACUGAGCAUGAUUCAACUUAGUGAACUGGUGUCAAAUCAUCACUGUGGCAAGUUAUUUCUUGUUAUUGUCAUGCAUUCAAGGCCUAUUUGAAGUCAAAUGUUUGUCACAUGUUAGGCCUAUGAUUAAAUCAUCACUGUGGCAAGUUAUUUCUUGCUAUUGUCAUGCAUUCAAGGCCUAUUUGAAGUUAAAUUUUGGUCACAUGUUAGGCCUAUAAUUUCAUAACAACUUCAGCAAAGGUUGUUCCUAACACAGGCACACUUCACAUGCUUUUCAAACAUGGUACAGUUGACAAUUGAGCAGAGAGUAUUCCUGGUAACUCAAUACCAGGAAACAAGAAGUUUCGUGGAAGUUCAAGAGGCUUUUCGGGUGCAGUUCCCCGAGAGGCAGCCUCCAACAAAAGGGCCAUCUGGUACAAUGUGAGAAAGUAUGCUGAUCACGGAACCACUGAGUUUAACUUCAAAUAGGCCUUGAAUGCAUGAAAAUAACAAGAAAUAACUUGCCACAGUGAUGAUUUGACACCAGUUCACUAAGUUGAAUCAUGCUCAGUCAUGCAUGAGAGUUAGAUAACCUAAGUGAUGUAAUUGGACAGAAGACUUAUUGGACUAUCUAACAAUUAAAAAAUAAUGUGUAAAUAUUUUUUAGUUUUCUGAAAAUUUGCCGUCGAAGUUGGGUUUACUUUUUUUAGAGACACACUGUAGUGUCAAGGCAAUGCCAGCCACAACACUUACCUGAAGUAAGGUUGGUUUUAUAAAUCUGGUGCUGGUGUAAAGGCAACACCAACACCAGCCCCAACUCUAAACUUGAAGUAAAGUUGGUCAUUGUUGGUGUUGGGCGGAUAUCACCUGAUGUUGAGCUAUGAAUAGCGUAAAUGACAUUUUUUUUUAAAUUUCAAGCAUGAUAUAUAAAUCUGGUGUUGGUUUAAAGGCAACACCAGCUUCAACGCUAAACCCAAGGUAAUGUAAGGUUGGUCUUGGGAGUAAUGUUUAUCUGGUGUUGACCUAAAUGUAUCAAAAGCAUACCCAGUAUCAUUAAUUCCUAACAAGGUGUUUAAAUCAGGAGUGUUGGGGUAUUCAACUGUUUGGACUGACCUUGGAAAGUAUGACAUAUUCGUUAUGAGUUGAAGGCUAAUGUUGAGUGUUCAUCUGCUGGAUUUGAAGUGUUGAUGAACGACUUCUAAUGUCACUAUUCCCCAACAUCAUCCAAAAGAGAUUGGGAAAAUCAUGAUUUCAAGUUAAAUGACCAAGAAAGUCAUUUAUUUCUCUCAAGUUUUGGCACAUUUACUCUUAAGAAAUUAUAAGAAACAAUGUUAACUAGAAAGUUUUGUGAAAUUUUAAAGAAAUUCAUGUUUAUUCUCAAGUCAAUUUUUAGGUACAUGCAGACAUGGGGUCUCUAUUUCAUAUACAUUGGUCAGCCAAGCUCUUGAGAUUAAUCUGUAUGGCCCUCUUUCUGAAGUCAGGUUUAACUUAGAGCACGGUCUAACUCUGUGCUAGAAUUAUGCAAAACAUGCCAAAAACUGUGUUUACAUUGUAUAUUUCUUAUUUUUACUAUUUUGUUUCCCCCUUGUUUUUACAAUGACGAAAAAUACUUCAGUUAUCAUUCCCAGCAGUUAUGAAUGAUUUGAGUGUCAUGUGAGUUAAUAAUUCAAUGUGUACUAAUAGAGAUUUGUGCCCCAGUUGGCUCUCCAUAGUUCAACCACAACUUUAAACCAUGGUUUAAUUUAAAUCCGAGUUCAGAAUACGGGCCUCUUGAGUUUUACUCACAAUAUAAUUGCAUCAUGUAUUAUGAAACAUGCAUAUGAUAUCAGUGAAUUUAAACUUGAUUGUUGUUUAACGUAUACGCAUGUAUGACAGAGAAAUAUUUUUUUUAUGCAGGGUGAAAUUAAUUUGUAUAACAAGUGCCAUUAUGAAAGCAAUAAAGCAAACGUUCGAUGUAGGUUUGGGGUGUCAACAGACAGGAUAAUAUUUCAAGCUGAAAAUCAUUUAUACUUAAAUAGGCAAUGUUGUAUAAAUUUAUUAAAAUUAUGAGCAUGUUGUAAUGAUUGAUAGGGGUCUUAUCACAAGAGUUGUCUACAUAAAAAUAAUUUCUGUUUAAUAGCCUUAUCUAAUAAAGCUUGCCUUUGGUUUGAAAGCAUGUCCUGAAAAUGCAUAGUUGACUUCAAAUUGGAUUAACCCUAUUGACGCCUAAGAAGACUGGGGGCUGAUUCAGCCCCCCCCCCCUUAUGAUCUCGGCUGUGGAUCACGACAAAAUUGACAUGCGCGUUACCCGCGAUUUGUUCAGAAAUUCAUGUAUUUGAGCAAUUUUUGGUCUGCAUGCAGUUACGAAAUGUGCAAUUUCGGAACCUUGUAAUUGGGGAUCACAAUUUUGGUCUCAAAAGUUGCGCGAGACUUAAAAGUAAAAAGUCAGCGAGCGACGUGGUCAUAAGAUUUUGUGCGGCAGAUUUAUCGCAAAAAAAUGUCGAGGGGGGCUGAAUGCCCCCCCCCCCAGUCUACAACGACUAGUGUUUUUCGAGUGUGUAUAUUUCAGUUUACAUUGAAGAUCAGGGUAAGGAGGAAAAUAAUUGUGCAAGUGCGUAACACUCGGCCUCUUGGAACCUCCCAAAUUGACAUAAUUUAUUUGAUCAAUUCAGCAAUGAUAGUGUUCUUAUGGUAUGUGCAUAUAUCUCAUUGAUUGAAAGUAAUGAAUGUGAAAAAUUAAUAUAUUUAUUUUCCUUGAAAUUUAUAUUAAUUCAACUCUGACCAUGUUUGUUUACUUUCUAUUGAAUCAAAUGUCUUGCUGGAAAAAUAUGAAUUUUAAUUUUGUAGAAAAAUUGCUUAUAUUCAAUGAAAUUGGCAACUAAAAUAUUUGAAUUCAGCUUUAUUUUUCUCAUAUUAAGGAUGAAAUUCCAUUUGUGUGAUAAGGAUAAUGGCUUAGCCGGUAAUACUAAUGGGUUGUAUUAAAUGAGAAUGAAACUCUUGGAGCAAGUUAGCUUUUGUGAAAGCAGAAAAAUCAAAGAAUAAGAUCAACAAAAGUUUGAGUAAAAUAGGACUAGCAAUAGAAGAGUUAUGAGCAUUUGAAUGUCGAGAUCACUAAUGCUACGGAGAUCCUCCCAUUGGCAAAGCGACCAAGAUCUAUGAUGUCACAGAUGAACAACUCUCCCCUUUUGGACACUGAAAAUAUAUCCCAAAACAUCUCUUUUUGCUCAUUCUAAUCAUAUGACAAACGAUUCAUCAAUGAUAUAAUGUUGUGAAACAUCUGUACUUGUCCUCUCAUAAAGAGAACACCUCACCUUGUGAUAGACUCUAUAAAAGUGAGAAGAUAAGUGACAUAAGUACUAAAGUAAUGAGGGAGUUGUACGUGUGUGACAUCACAGAUCUUGGUCGCAUUGCCAAUAGGAGGAUCUACAUGGCAUUAGUGAUCUCAAUAUUCAAAUGCUUUCUUAUUCAUUCAAUCUUCCUCAAACUUUCAACAAUAUGUUUCUUUGAUUUUUCUCUUUGAUAUGGAUUCAGCUGGUUUCAAGGGUUUCAUUCUCCUUUAACAUUGUCUUUUGUCCUCUAUUUCAGCUCUUUUUUUUUUAUUAUGUUUUUAUUGUUUUCAUAAAAUUUCAGCUUUUUGUUUUGCUUAUGGUAUAUAAGGAUGAAAUUACGUUUCUUUGAUUAAAUUCAGUUAAUCUUCUUUGGAGGAAAUAAUUAUUGAUCAUAUUUUUAUUAAUGUUAUUAUUCUGUUUUACUUCUGUAAUAGAAAAAGAGAUGAUAAUAUCAUAAUAUAUAACAUUUUUUAGUAGAGUGUGCCUUCUAUUUAGUUUUCUAUUCAGAGGCGCAGAGGGAAUUAUUACACGGAAGGGGGGGGUUGUUAUUUGAAAUAUGAUGAGAAUGGAUAUGUCUUAAGGUUGGCUUUGAAUGAAUCUAUAGACAUAGGGCCUUUUCACACGUGAAUCUUGAAUUCAUAGUAUUGAUGAUUGCGAUUUGUCAUUAGAAUCAUUGGAACUUUCACAUGCUCCCUCAAAAACUGAUUUGAAUUUGAAUUCCCGAGCGAAGGCGGUAUGUGUCCUUUGUGUCUUGUCAUUCAAAGCACUGCAUCGAUACGAUGAGUGCAUGACAAUUGUAUUAUCUACUGAAGUGCUUGAAAGGACAAGUAAGCUCUGCCCCCCAAAAGAUGUUUUUGAGGUCAAGCCUUUCACACGUACAAUUUGUACCGUAAUUUGAGUGAAACUUAUCUGGAAUUCACCUCAGGAGUAGAAUUUAAAUUUGUGAUUGUGAUUAGCAUUCGUGAUUCGAGUUUGGUUUCACACAUGCUAAAAUUUUGUCAUUAGCCUUAUUUUUUACUGGAAUCAUCAUUCAAAUUAGUUAUUACGUUUUUUUUUACCUUGUGAAAGGGCGGUUAAAGUCCUUGAUAAAAAUCCUAUUCGUUUAAGACAAAAAAAUCAAUUUAAUUGUAUGAAUAUGUUGAAGUAUUUCAUUAAGCACCAUGCCAGUGAUUUUCACGUACCGGUACUAAAUAUGCUCUGAGCCAAUCAGAUACAAGGAUUUCGGUAGCUUAUAACAAUAGCCAGUGAAAAAUCAUUGACAAAACUUUUGUUUGAUGAAAUGCUCCCACAGAGAUACCGUACCUUUUAAACCUACAAUGCCUGUGCAGAGGAGCCCAGAAUUUGAUCUCCCUUUGUCAUGCAAAAAAAUCAAAAGACCAUCGAGUAUGCCAUGGUUGACCAUAUUAUCACUGAUGGAUACGUACAGUGCUGGGAAAAGAUACACAGGGACACUGGGUGAUUUCGCCCCCAAAUGCUCAAAAGAGACCAUCUUACAAAGAGUUAUGAUUGAUCCAAUCAAUCGUAACUCUAUGGAAAUCCAUCAGUAUCAUAAUUUUUUCUACAGGAAAUUUGUAAAAUGUCUUUUGUAGACAAAGGAGAACACACCAAAUUGUCAAGAAAUCAAUGAAUUAUGGAUAUAAAAUUUCUAGAAUUUUUUUUUGAACAAACAAGCAUUUUAUAUGUUGAUGAACAUUGCUGGCCGUCCAUAGUUACGAUUGAUUGGAUCAAUCGCAAGUCUUUGUAAGAUCGGCCCUGGAAACUAACAUUAAAGACCCCUGAUGAAUCCUCAUUCACUGCAAUAUUAAUGCUUAUCCAGUGUUGUAGGUUUGCACAUAAGCUUGUGAAAAAGUAGCCCCCCAAAAUGAAUGUUUUGCCUGAUAAAGUAAUUUAUUUCCACCAAAAGUAAGGGUUGAAUUAUCACGUUUAUAUUGCAAUGGUCUAGGUCACCUACAAAAUAUAGUGUUCAAGUAUUUAACCUUCAUAAGUUGAGAUUUGAUGUCAUGCAAGUCGCAAUCGAAUGUCUUUAAACACAGGUCACUAUCGAAUGUCUGUAAACACAGGUCACAAUGGAAUGUCUGUAAACACAGGUCACAAUCAAAUGUCUUUAAACACAAGUCACUAUCGAAUGUCUGGAAACACAGGUCACUAUCAAAUGUCUUUAAACACAAGUCACUAUCGAAUGUCUGUAAACACAGGUCACAAUGGAAUGUCUGUAAACACAGGUCACAAUCAAAUGUCUGUAAACACAGGUCACAAUCAAAUGUCUUUAAACACAAGUCACUAUCGAAUGUCUGGAAACACAGGUCACUAUCGAAUGUCUUUAAACACAGGUCACUAUCGAAUGUCUUUAAACACAGGUCACUAUCGAAUGUCUGUAAACACAGGUCACAAUCAAAUGUCUUUAAACACAGGUCACUAUCGAAUGUCUGUAAACACAAGUCACUAUCGAAUGUCUGUAAACACAGGUCACAAUCAAAUGUCUUUAAACACAGGUCACUAUCGAAUGUCUGUAAACACAGGUCACAAUCAAAUGUCUUUAAACACAGGUCACUAUCGAAUGUCUGUAAACACAGGUCACAAUGGAAUGUCUGUAAACACAAGUCACUAUCGAAUGUCUGUAAACACAGGUCACAAUCAAAUGUCUUUAAACACAGGUCACUAUCGAAUGUCUGUAAACACAGGUCACAAUGGAAUGUCUGUAAACACAAGUCACUAUCGAAUGUCUGUAAACACAGGUCACAAUCAAAUGUCUUUAAACACAGGUCACUAUCGAAUGUCUGUAAACACAGGUCACAAUGGAAUGUCUAUAAACACAAGUCACAAUCGAAUAUCUGUAAACACAAGUCACUAUCGAAUGUCUGUAAACACAAGUCACUAUCGAAUAUCUGUAAACACAAGUCACAAUCGAAUGUCUUUUACAUGUACCUCUUUUAUUAAAUACUUGAUCUAAACACAUUUUAUACUAUUUGAUAUAUGGUUAUUGGUCUGUUAAUAUCAUACAUUCUAUUGGUAUUACUGGAAAAUAUUAAAAAGGAUAUAGAAAACACUUUAAAA